AGGACCCAGUUGUUUACUUCAGGUGCUGCCAUGGCGACCGAGGAUGCUGGUGGAUCUUUCUCACACUUUAACACCAUUUUAAGUGACUUACAGCAUACUAACAAAGCCAAGAGAAAAAAGGCAUUUGAUGAAUAUUAUAAAUUAGUGUUUGAAGAUGAGGAAAGUGUGGAUAAAGGGAAAUUAGAUAAGAUUCUCGAGUUUUCCUUAAGUUUGUUGGUAACCAGCCUGGGUGAUCCGUCUGAAGUGAUUAGAAUGAAGGUUUCCAUUAUUCUCCUAAAAUUUAUUGAUGAAUGUGUUGUUUCUGAGUGUCAGUUAGUUGAUAUUAUCCCUGUUAUUCAUCAUAGACUCGGGGUUGUUCCUGUGAUGGAGGAGAGUGAAGAUGUCAGACUGCUGUUGGUUAAUAUCAUCAUGGGUUUAACUCUAAAAUUCGAGGCCAAGAUGAUUCCUUAUAUGAAUGAUGUGGUCAAUAUUCUCAAGGAGUCUGUGGUCGAUCGUAGUCCAGAUGUGAGGAAGGCGGCGAGCGAGUGUGUGAGGGCCUACACCAGGGCCACCAGAGAGAAGUUCCACAUGCAGUCAGAGUCGCUAGUUAAGCCACUCCUGAAGGCCCUGACUCACCAACGGUUCAAGAAUAGAAUAUCGUGUUUAAAUGCCUUAGGUGAUCUUCUAUUGUAUGGAGACAGUAAGAUCAUCCAGGACGUCAGCGGUCCCCUCGCCCAGUGUGCAAUGGAUCUGCCACAAGUUCGUGAGGCUCUUGUGGAAGUCGGUGGAGCCCUGGCCCUUAACAUGCCUGACAGAUACUCAUACUGGCAUCGCAUUCUACCCUUGAUACUCUUUGGGCUGAGGGAUGACGAUGAUGACGUUAGACAAAAAGCUGAGGAGCUGUGGGUGAAAGUUGGACUCAAGUACGAAGAGGAGAACAUUGAUCACUUGAAACAAGAUAUUGAUUUCGAUGUGACUCUAGAAAACUACCCAGAAGGAGAAAAGCGACCUAGUGUUGGGUGUCGAGUCCUUGUCCAGCGUGCUAUAUAUCACAUUCUUCCCGGCUUAAUGACCGACAUGGACGACUGGCAGGCAGGACCUAGGCUCCAGGCAGCUAAACUCUUGACUGUGUUGAUCCUUAAUGCCGAUGUGGGAAUAACCCAAUAUGCAGAGAAGGUCCUCGUGGGCCUCCACCUUGCAGCGGGAGACAAAGAAAAGAGUGUCGUAAAACAGGUUACCGAGUGCAGUAGAUAUCUUGGGCACUUCAUACCUCCAUCCACGUACCUGCCUCUCAUCCUGCCCAGGCUGAAUAUGGGUGAACAGGGGGAGCGGCCUUUAACUAUAUUAGCCGCUCUGGUGGAAGGUACAGCGAGUUCUCAGCUUCAAGAUAAUGUCAAAGAGAUCAUGAACACAGUUGCCUCUGAGGGUGUAGCUUUUGUAUCUCAUCACGAACACCAGGGAGCACUUCUUCAGCUGACACAAGUGAUAAUAACAAAGUGCGACGUAAGCGAAAGUAGUUUUGACAUUUUCCAUAUUCUAUUGUUUGUCGCAUCGUCGUCUGAAGUCAACUGUAUCGUCAACUCGGCUCUAAAUCAACUGGAUAUUUUAGCAAGAAAAACUGGAUGUGCGGAAACAGGCGGACUGUACCGAAAGCAUCUACAUGCGACCUUUAAGACUCUUCUGCCAUCUGCUAGUUGCUGGACUGAGACUACUCCCCAGUUCCUGAUGUUUGUGGGACUGAUGGAACUAGCAGGCCAAGCUAUAGGAUAUGAACUGGAGCUCUUUGUCCAACUACUGACAGAGUGUGUACCCAGGAAGCACGACUCUUUUGUUAGUUUACGCUGUUUAACUAAGCUGAGGGGCCUUCUCCUUCACGAUGAUCAUCCUCUUGAGUCACAUGAUCAGCUUGGGCAGUGGCUUCCUAUUCUACUGUCAGAGUGUAUUGCCGUGUUGUUGCCGUGGCACGCUGGACGCACGGCGGACACCCUGAGAACUGCCUCCGUGGCCUGUCUGGAGGCUGUAUGUAGAGUGUGUGUGAGAGAAGCCCGCAUGGUUGAAGAGCUUAAGAAGUGUUCAGCCAUCAUCCCAGCAUUGAUAGAGGAUGACGCGGAAGACACCCGCCUCUUCACCUGUGACGUGAUAUACGCCAUUAUCGUCAGCUAUCCUCAGAUAAUCGAUUCAGAAACCUUACAUAUAUUUGCUGAUAAACUAGUGAAGAGAUUUGAUGACGUGGCACCACAGAUAAGACUAAAGGCAGCUCGUGUUUUAGCCGAGUUGUUUAAUAACUUGCCCAACAGAUACGAUCCCAUACUGCACACAGCCCGACUACAAGACCUUUACGAUGCUGCGGUGAUCUUCCUUGAUGAUCCUGAUGCUAAACUACAAGAAGCUGUGUUAUUUACUCUAGAGAAAAUGGGAAGUGUGUGUCCUGGCCUGCUCAUCACAACAUUGGAGAAAGAUUUACAUAAAUACCGCAAUGCUCACUAUUGUCGUAAGCUCAUUGAUUCCCUGAAGGCUCUCCAGGUGACGUAAGUAAAUUAAUGUGAAUGACAAUUGUACAGUAAUACCUUACCUAUUUUUAUUUUGGUUUAUUUUUAUGAAUGUAGUAAAUUUAUAUUUUGUCAUAUGUUUGCUUCUGGUAUCAAGAUUAUGUCAUUUACAUGUAGUUUAGGCAAAAUGCAAGUAAAUAUUGUAUAAAUAAGAGAACGCUUCUCAGAAAUUGUAGUAAAGUAAGAAAAAUCCAUUUAUACAGUUUAGUGAUAAUUAAAGAAUUACUUGGAAAGACUAAAGCGGUAAUGUGCCAGGUGUAAUUUUCAAAUAUGUAUUUUCAAAAAUUUUCCCAAGUUCAUUGAAUUACACCUUUUAGACAAUAUUGGUUACUUAAAAUCAGAGCUGUAGGAUAAGGUAGAGAAUGGCUAGAGUUAAUUAAUUUUAAUCUGUAUGGUACAUAAAUAAUAGUGUCACAAAUGAAUUAAGUAAACUGUUACUUCUUGGGGAAAAACAAUAAAUAAUAGGGCUAAAAGCCAUAGAAGAUAUGAAAUUGCAAGGGUUUUGACAACUUUACUAACACAAUAUGUACAUUAUGGAUAUGGCUUAGACAACUAGCAAACCUUGAGUUGGCUUCAGCAGUUGCUUUCUGUACCUUAUGUCAUGCAGAAAGUGGGUGGCAGGUUACUGUUUAUUCUUGUCACACAAAUGUUCUUAAUAUGAUAAGCAUCUUCCAUGGAUCAUCUAUUAUAAGGCACAAUUUUCAAGGGAUUGAAAUUAUUUCCUCAUUAAAACAGAAUAACUUGAUUUUGUGCAAAACUUCAGCUGGACUUAAUUAUGGGAAAUGGAUGGUAGUAACAAGGAUCUAAAUUAUAAAGCACUUUUAGCUUGUAUCAUUUUAAUAUUUAAAACUUGUUAAACAGGUAUUGUUAAGCACGUAGAUAGCUAUAAGUGAAUGUUAACUAUCUCUAGAAUGUUGUUAAAGAUCUUUAAGCAGAGAAUAUGGAGCAUCACUCUGCGGACCUGUGGUAUACAAGGUUGGUGUCAUCUACAACUGUGUUUCAUACUCAUGGGAGCAUAAACCACAAUGCGAUUUGUGAAGUCCAAGAUAGGCUGAAAAGCACAUGGGUUUUGGAGUCACAAAGCUUGCAUGUUUAGCAUCUUUUGAACUGGUGGUGGCACAUAUCUGUUUGAAGCUUGAGUAAGGCUAUACUCUUUUAGGCAUACAUAGGGAAGAUUAAUACAAUAAAAAAUGCACCCAAGUUCUAAAUUACUUUUUUGUUACUGUAGAAAAAACUUAUAUUCCAGUUCAUAACGAAUAAAGAUUUUAUUGCCUUCAUCUCGCAAAACAAACGUCUUGUUUUGGUAAUUAAUGUUUAAUAUCCCUUUUAUGUGCUGAUUACGAACAGCUGUUCCGGAAUUAAUAUUUGUGCUUUGAUUAAGAACCAAGGUAAAGCAUCUAUGUAUCAUCAAUGUAUCUAAAUGGCAGGCUCAUACAGCAGCUCUUGAUGAUAAGCUGAAACUGGUGCAUUAUCACAGCUCUAACCCUUCAGUCCUCAUGGUGUUCUGUCAGUAACAUGCAGAAUAUAUUUUACUCCCAGUUUUUUUUGUAUUGUUCAUCCAUGGUUACUAAAAAUUUUCCUCCAGAAUACUGUAUAUGUCACUUGAAUAAGCCAAAUGGAGACACUGUACUUCCUCUGAAUUCAAACAAAUCUAUUAAAUAUUCUUACAUA